UAUAGAUCAGCGACCACGAAAAGCUUAAAUAGUGCUGUUUAAUACAAGAUGGCUUUGCAAACGAACUUAACAUUGAAAUGAUGGAUGAGGAAGAAUAACAAUCAGCAAACUAACAUCAAGGAAAAAGAUUCAACGAAGAUCCAAAUAUUGAACCUGUUGAAAACCAUACAGAGGAAUCUAGUUCCAACUAACAGACGAAGUAAAACGCACAGGAUCUAAAUCCUCCAACUCAUGUGAAAUGAGCCAGCAAGUAUUGAAGAAAUAUUUCCAUCAACAAGGUAAUGUCCUCAUAAAUGACCCUCGUCUUUUGAACAAAAUUAUAAAGAACAAGAUAUUACAACAGAGAGUGGUUCCGAAGUUCAGCGCGCGAAACCAUCAAUUACAUCUGAAAUUGAUACUGAUUCAUUGGAAGAAGAAGAAAAUGGAAAGGAUGAUUGUGGCGACGCAGAAAAUAAGGAAGAAAUCACGAAUAAUGUCGAUUCAACUGAGUAUGAUGAGAUAAUGGAAUCUAAUGCGCCAGAAGAAGAGAAUAAAAAUGCAUCUGAAGAGCCUAAGGAAAUGGAUACUUCACCAGCGACUAGACAGACGCCGCCAACCCCCAAUGAGGAAAAAAGUAAUGCUAAAGUUCUAGCUAAUUUGAUAACGCCAAGUCGCCUUGCUUCGUGGGAACGCAGUCGCCGAACUCGACGCAGUGUUGCUACAACAUCUACAAAUGAUCAUAGAUCAAAACGACUGGAAAAAUUGAAAGUAAUUCGUAAGAGUGGCAGAUCAUUGACUCCAGCCAAUCCCGCAGAUCCUCCACCAACUAAGAAAGUUAAAAAGAAUCCACCAAAAGUGAAAUUGACAGAAUCUAUAACCCCAACUGUAUUGAGACACUCUAGAAAUGCAAGUGUGCCGAAAGUUAAAAGUACAGAAGAAAUGGAGUUGGAAGAAAUUGAGGAAUUAAAGUAUCAAGCCAAGCAAAUGGCUAAAGAGGCUAGUAAAUCAUUUAAACGUGCACUCAAAAAUCCUUCUGCACAUACACCAAGUGGCACACCAUCUGCGAAGUUAACAAAAGUCAAAGAAUUCAAAUUUCAAACCGACAAUAGAAUUAAGUCAAAUCAUUCUAUGGAUACGAGAUCUAGAAAACUGUCUUCAGAAAUUGAUUUCACCAAGGGUCUUCGUCAACAUCCACCUUCUCCUACUAAGCUGAAAAAGACUGUUGUGAAACCAUUUAACCUGUCGUCGAAUAGAAAACGUAAGGCUGUUGAACCUGCAACUUCGUUAAAAGGAUACGAUUUUACACCAAUGGCAAAAGCAGUGAUGAAUUUUAAUAAGGGUACCAGAGUGAAUACAGCGAAAGCAGAAAUUCGCAAAGGACCGAUGAAAGCAAAAUUAGGACUGACAGUUGCGAAAACACCGAAACUUGAGUCAAGAUCUAGAACUCGAACUGUUACUGUGGUGGGACAGAAGGAAAUGGAAGACCAGGAAGUUGAAGAAAUGAAAAAUUACCAAUUUAAGGCAAAGCCUGUAAAUCGUGAUAUUCUCGAUCAUCCUGGUGCAUUGCCUGAAGUAAAGAAAUGUCCUCCUACAAAACCUAUUGGAUUCAAUCUUGAGAUUGACAAACGGGUUGAGGGAAGGCCAGUGCAUGACAAAGCUGAAUCUCCUACGAAAGAAUUCAAAGCACGCCCUCUUCCAACGAAAAUCUUGGAAGGACCUCAGGAAGUUCCAAAGCCAGAACCCAUAAAACCAACUGUACCACAGAGUCCUGCAUUCAAAUUGAAGAACAGAAUGCAUCUCGCUCAGAUCAGGAAGGAAAACAAAGAAAAUUUUGAGAAAGAACAAGCUAAAGCAAAAGCUCUGGCUGAGAAGGAAAAGAAUGAAACAACCUUCAAGAAACCAACGGUAACAGCAAAAAAAAGUAUUGAAAAGAAAUGUGAAGUGAAACCAUUCUCAUUUGACUCCAGGGAUAAAGAACGAUUCGCUAAAAAGGAAGAAAAAAUUAAACAAAUUUUGGAAUCCGAAAAAGCGAUUGCAAGUUCAUUCCGUGCUACUCCCAUAUGUCAACCUAUCGAUCCAGUAAAAGCACUGCCAGCUAAAAAUAUUAAACCAAGUACCGAGCCAAAACCUUUUCAUAUGUAUUCGGAUGAAAGAGGGGCAUUAAGAGCGGAGAAAUGGAAACAGGAGGUAGAGGAAGAAGUAAAAGCAUUGCGAGAAAAAACAGAAUUCAAAGCGAAUACUAAUUAUUCUAAAGUAAUUCAUGGUAAAGCUUUCAAGCCAGCUAUUAACAAGAAAUACACAGAAACUUUUCAAGAAUUCGCUCUUCACACUGAUCGACGUGCUCUGCAACGAGAGGAGUUCGAUGAGUUUUUGAAACACAAGGAGGCAGAAAGCCAAGCCAGGAAUGAAAUGUUGAAGAUGGAGAAUGAGAGAAUCGAACAAGAAAGAUAUGAAAGGGAGAGAAAAGAAGCUGAACAUCGAGCAAACCCUGUUAGGAAAUACAAACCGGUUCUGAUGCGGCAGAGUGAGAAAGAACUAACCCAACCACAAUCUCCUCAGUUCAGUGAUCGAUUUUAUAAAAAGUGUUGAGUUGUUAUGACAACACACAAUUAUAAACACUCUGAAAACAUAGUGAGAAUUUGGUCAAUUCUGCUACUUAUCAAGUCAAUUCUGCAAUUUUUAAAAAGCGUUUGGGGGUACAUAUAAAAUAAUUGGUUAUAUUGAUGGUCCAUUGUAAAAAAGUUUUAACUUGUAAAUGCGUAUAUAGUAAAAUGAUAGUAAUUUCCUAUUCUGCUCAGUAACUUUAAAUUAAAAAGUAAGAUGAAAGCUUUUCAUAAUUCAAGCUCUCAGAAUGUAAGUUUGAUUCGUGUCAUUUUUCAUCUAUUGGCUCACUUAAAUUAUAUUUUCCUAUUGUUCUGAUGGAUAGCGAGAUGGAGGGUAGAUAGAGAAAUGUGACACUCAAGUUAUUAGUUUUUGAAAUGUAUAUAUGCCAGCUUGUAGCUUUUUGGCUUUUUAUUGUUUCUUUUUUAAAUAUUUUAUUAUCUCUUUUUCUGGUUCUGAUAAUGCUCGAUUCUCCUAGAAAAGGCCGAAAGUCUUACUUUGUAUCGAGAAACCUGGUACGUUCAGGCCUUACCAUCUGAAGAACAGCAUUUCAGAAUGAACAUUUUUUGAAAUACUUUUCAAAGUGUAUAUUUGAGUUGACAAAACAUGGUAGGUUUAUUGAAAAAUAAUUGGGACAUCUGUAUUCUUUCUUUAUUCUUCAUUGUUUAAAACCCUCGUUCAUCUUUGUGUUCUAUUUGUAGAUAUUGAUGCCUAUUCUUGUAUUCACCUUUUUGUAAAUGUACAUUUCUCAAGUAUAAUGGAUACAUCUGGAAAUGCCCAUAUCUUAGCUAUUCUAGGAUUCCUCUUUGCUAUUCAAUGCGUUUCCAAUUAUUCUAAAUUGACUUCUUUAAACAGUAACUUUGCUGAAUUUUUCGCUAAAAUUUUACAUAAGUCAAAAAUACAAUAUACCUAAAUCGUAAUGUUCACUUAUAAUCAAUCACUGGAUAAAUAAUCAUUUUGGAUACAUAUAUUCCUAAAAUAAAAAAUCAUUUCUAUAUUAUAUAUUUGUAUAAAAUAAAUGUGUAAAAGUGUCACACGUUUCUAAACAAAUGUAGAAUAUUAUAAGUCUGCAGCUCAAGCAAGAAUAUUUUGUUUUGUGUUGUUGGAAAGACAAUUCUCACUCUUUGGUUAUUGCUGUGACAAUUGGUAUGUACCAUACAGUUUAGAUUUCUGCCUCUGAAUGCAGCAUUCUUGAUGUUAUAAUAGGGGCGUAGUCUGCCAAAUGUUUGUGCAAAUUGUUUCUAGUUAUAUUGGUUUUAGCAAAAGUAACUAUACUCUGCCAUGAGAGCUUGCUUGCAAAUCACUCAUUGUUCUGAUUACGUGUAAAUAAAUGUGUUUAAGAUGAACAUG